AUGGUUGCUUUGUGGAACGCGACCGUGUCAUGGGUUGGCGACCUAACCCAUUUCGAGUCCAACUCCGCUUCAUAUGCUGGAGGUGCAAUCUACAUGGAGGAAUCGAUCGUGUCCUGGCAGGGCGACGGCACCCAGUUCAGCUCCAAUUCCGCUACGGAAGGUGGAGGUGCAAUCUACGCGUAUGUAUCGACCGUGUCCUGGGAUGGCGACGGGACCCAGUUCAGCUCCAGCUCCGCUUCAGGUCAUGACGGAGGUGCAAUCUACGCGAGUCAAUCGGCGAAUGCGUCCUGGGCUGGCGACGGCACUCAGUUUACCUCCAACUCCGCUGAAAACGGAGGUGCAAUCUUCGCGAGUUUUUCGGCGAGCGUGUCCUGCGCUGGAACCACGACUUUCAGCAGCAACGUUGCGGGGAGAGACGGUGGCGCGCUACAUUUGGACAAUUUGAACGCCGUGGGAUUUGAUGUGGCAUUUUCUGACUCGACGUUCAUCAACAACAGUGCACAAAACGGGGGGGCGUUGUACUCUUGUCAGACUCUCUGA